UCGGCACCUACUCCAUAACUGGAUAACUGGAGCUGGAGCUGAUUUCAUCUAGAAUAUCCCAUGUUGCACGAGUCCGAGGAGCAUGACAUGGAUACAUACGCCGUGGAGCUCAACUCUUUUGUUGACACCGUUUUGACCAAGGUUUACGACCUCGGCACGCAGCGCAACAUCAUCUUCUCCUCUUUCCAUCCCGACAUCUGCCUUCUGCUUUCGUUCAAGCAGCCCUCGAUUCCAAUUCUCUUCCUCAGCGACGCGGGCACUUCUCCAGUCGGCGACAUCCGUGCCAGCAGCGUGCAGGAAGCUAUCCGCUUCGCGUCUCGCUGGAACUUGCUGGGCGUCGUCACGGCAGCUGAGCCACUGGUUAUGUGCCCGCGUCUGGUCAAGGUCGUCAAGGAGUCGGGCCUAGUGUGCGUCAGCUACGGCACGCUGAAUAACGACCCGGCGAAUGUGCAGCUGCAGGUCAAGGAAGGCAUUGAUGCCGUCAUCGUCGACAGUGUUUUGGCUAUCCGAAAGGGUCUCACAAACGCCCAGGAAGACCAAGCCAAGGCUGCCAGUGCGGCGGCUCAAGCGGCGAGUUCUAUGGACGCCACCAAAGAGACGACUGCGAGCGACGUUGAUGACAAGAAGACGAUUCCGGAGAUUGCGCGCAUCGUGGACACGGUCAACGGCGUGCCUAUCUACGCUAAUGGUACCGCGGAGAAUGGAACAAACGGAGCUAAUGGUGUUAAUGGAGCGGUGUUUUCGGCAUAGACGCGAAGACGUGAUGGGAUGGGUUACCUAGCAUGGAAGCAAGCAGGCAAGGUAAGGAAUGGAAGAACUUCUCCGAGUCUUUAAGCCGUGGGAGGCUGGGCAAUAAUUU